GCUGAUACCACGUGACAGUUGGAGUGUUUCGUUUCCUGCUGUCUCCGGUGUCUGCUACGGUUUCCGUCCACUUGACUGAGAUACCCAGGUCAUUCUAGGAGAUUAUCUUGUGCAUCAAGUGAAGGAUGUCUGGCGAACUCGCGAUCCUUAGUGUGUCCAACAAGGUCGGACUCUUGGACCUAGCCAAGAAGCUACACGAUGCCGGACUUCGCUUGGUUGCAUCCGGAGGGACGGCCAAGGCCAUUCGAGACACCGGACUUCCCGUCAAAGACGUUUCCGAGAUGACGGGAGCACCCGAAAUGCUCGGUGGCCGAGUGAAGACCCUGCAUCCAGCUGUGCACGGAGGCAUCCUUGCUCGCAAGAUUGACAGCGACCUUGCCGACAUGCGAAGACAGAGCUACGAAUUUGUCAGCGUUGUCGUCUGCAACCUGUACCCGUUUGUGGAGGCCAUUUCCAAGCCAAACGUCACAGUUGCCGAAGCUGUGGAGCAGGUUGACAUAGGCGGAGUAACACUCCUACGUGCCGCAGCCAAGAAUCACGAACGAGUGACCAUAAUCUGCGACCCUAAUGAUUAUGAGGGUGUUUCCAGCGAGAUCUUGACUUCUCCGUCUCGUCAGACGUCUCUGGACACCAGGAGGCGGUUGGCCGUCAAGGCGUUUCUGCACACAGCGCAGUACGAUGCAGCCAUCUCGGAUUACUUCCGCAAGCAGUACCUGCAGGGGGUAGCCCACCUUCCCCUGCGCUAUGGCAUGAAUCCCCACCAAGUGCCUGCACAACUUUGCACCAGUUUACCUGAGCUCCCUCUCAAGGUGGUGAACGGCGCUCCUGGAUUCAUCAACCUGUGCGAUGCCCUCAACGCGUGGCAGUUGGUACGAGAGCUCAAGGCUGCUUUGGGGCUUCCAGCUGCUACUUCUUUCAAGCACGUUAGCCCUGCAGGUGCUGCAGUAGGAGUGCCCCUGACCAGGGACGAGGCAAAGUUGUGCAUGGUGGACGACUUGUACGAUAGCCUCACUCCCAUAGCAACAGCGUAUGCCAGGGCUAGAGGAGCCGACAGAAUGUCGUCUUUUGGAGACUUUUUGGCUCUCUCCGACGAAUGCGACUCCUGUACGGCCCGAAUUGUGUCUCGAGAGGUUUCUGAUGGUGUAGUUGCACCAAGCUACACCCCCGAGGCCCUUGAGAUUUUGAAGAAGAAAAAGAGUGGCAACUACUGUGUGCUGCAGAUGGAUGCGUCAUACGAGCCGGCCCUCUUGGAGUCUCGUACCUUGUUUGGACUGACCCUGGAGCAACGCAGAAAUGACGCCUGCAUCAACAAGUCCCUCUUCCAGAAUGUUGUCUCCAAGAACAAGAAUCUUCCUGAGCCAGCAGUGAGAGACCUCAUUGUUGCCACCAUUGCUCUCAAGUACACUCAGUCCAACUCUGUCUGCUAUGCUAAGGAUGGACAGGUGAUUGGCAUAGGUGCUGGACAGCAGUCUCGAAUCCACUGCACUCGUCUCGCUGGUGACAAGGCUAACAAUUGGUGGCUGCGUCAACACCCCAACAUCAAGAACAUGGUGUUCAAGAAGGGAGUCAAGCGUGCAGAAAUCUCUAACAUUAUUGACGUCUACGUGGGUGGUGUCUUCGGAGAGGACAUGCCAGUUGAACAGUACCAAAACUCUGUUGAAAAUGUUGUGCCGCAGCUCACUGAGACAGAGAAGAAAGAGUGGAUCUCUCGGCUGUCUGGGGUAGCACUCAGCUCGGAUGCUUUCUUCCCGUUCAGGGACAACAUCGAUCGUGCACGUCAGAGCGGGGUCCAGUACAUUGCCAGUCCUGGAGGUUCCACCAAUGACCAAGGUGUCAUAGAAGCCUGCGAUGAAUAUGGCAUCAGUCUGUGCCACACUGGACUUAGGCUCUUUCACCACUGAGCUUGGGGCAGAAAUGAAAAUGAGGGACCAGCAUCGAGCGAGAACAUUUAUUUUUAUAAAUUUCCAAUAAAAGUCAAAUUUCAGUUUU